AUGGAGGUGGAAAUGUUUCGCGUUGGAUUUCUUCUUUUAGUGGCGAUCCAAGCUGGAUCUAGUGAAAGUGAUCAAUUUCAGAUUCGAACGUCACCGGAUGAGAACAUCUUCUUCCGGGAGAGUAACUGCGAUCAGGGUGCUUCCAGAUUCGCCAUCAUAGUCCACGGAUGGAUGGGUAGCUGCUCGGAGGACACCCCCUGGGUUGCGGACACCCUAUCCAACUUGACUGCACACCGAGGAGGUUGCGUAAUCUGCAUGGACUACCACAAGUACUCGCAGACGAUCGAUUACUUCAGGGGGUUGGUUCCGAACUUCAACCGUAUCGUGGAUUCGUUGGUUUGGAGAUUGCGGGAUUUGGAGCAGAGCGGGUAUGAUCCGGCGGAAGGACUCGUGUUUGGAUUCAGCUUUGGAGCCCAGACAGCGAUGGAUGCCGGGAGACGGUUCGGAUUCAGGAAGCUUGGACGGAUCGAUGUUUGCGAUCCGGCUGGACCUGGCUUUGAUGGUCCGGAUACGGCUUUGUCGAUUCUUGAUCCCAAGUUGGCGGCGCGAAACGUUCAGUGUAUUCAUACGAGCCUGCUGGGAACGACUAGACGGUCUUGUCACCAGAACUGGAACAUGGGAAACUGCGGACUAAGACAACCGGGAACGGUAGCUUUGCAGGAAUCUCACUCCCUGUGUCCACGGUACUACAACAGUGCGUUCACCAAUGAAUUCCGAGCUGUUCCGAAGCCGCUUGAGUGCUUUUCUCUCAGAAGUUCUGCGAAUCCUGUGAAUAUCCGGAUGGGAUACUUCACCGAUAUUGAAAAAGGAGCAACCGGAGAUCUCUUCGCCGAAACUACUGAAUCUUUCCCCUACAACAAAAUCUCAGUAUGA